GAACAACAGACAUGUACACGAUGGUAGAAACAGACAUAAAAAAGACAGCCCAAAAAAUUAUUGACAAAGCUAAAGAGUUAAGCAAGAGUAAAGGGGUUGCUAAUGUUGCAUGUGAAAUACUUGAAGGUGAUGCUAGGAAUGUUAUUUGUGAUGCUGUUGAAAGGCAUCACGCCUCUCUCUUGGUCAUGGGCAGCCAUGGCUAUGGAACUUUCAAAAGGGCUGUUUUGGGUAGCGUAAGUGACUACUGCUCUCACCAUGCUCAUUGCUCUGUGAUGAUUGUGAAGAAGCCUAAGCCACAAAAUUAAACCUACUUUUCUCCCUCCAGGAGCUGAUUCUAUUGAUCUAUGUAGAAUUGAGUUUAGUACUAGCAAAUACUAGCGAGAGGCAUAGAUCUUGGAUUUAAAGUUUAAUAAGUUCCUACACUUCAAGUUAAUAUACAAUAGUAAUUGGUUUACGAUCAUAUAUUUAUAGAAAUUUAAUAAAUUUAUUAUAAUAAAUGUAUAAGAUCUCGACAAAAGCUAGCUACGUGAUUCACUUGAACUCGUAGCUUAC